CCUUAUGAAUGAAAUUCCUGUAGUGAACAGAAGCCGAUAUUAUUAUUCUGAUCACAGCCUUUCUGAUUCACAGACUUGGGACUUGAUCAUGACUAUAGUGAGCACUUUUGACGUCAGAGCUGAGAUUUAUCAGCAGACCCAAUGGGGCAGAAUAUUAAGCGCAAGUCAGUCGUUCUGCCAACAUUAUUAGCAGUGUUAACCGAGGAAUAAACCUCAAUACCAAGGACUAUAGGACUGCAAAAAGACACUCUUGAUCGUCAGGCUUUGGGCAAAGGGGUAUCGGGAACUGCUAUGCUUCAUACCCUUGCCGCAGCUAUGAGCAACCAACUCCAAAAUACCUCUUCCUUAAAUACACUAAACUGGUUUUCGCAGGAAGGGAGAAACUCUACGACGGUCACAACUGCUGAUCUCCUGCCGGUGUCUGUGAACCCUUGGGAAAUCGUGUUGUGUGUGACUGGGACCCUCAUAGCCUGUGAAAACGCUAUCGUUCUAGCUAUUCUAUUCUACACACCCACUCUGCGGGCGCCCAUGUUCAUCUUAAUCGGAAGUCUAGCCUUUGCAGACCUGCUAGCCGGACUCGGCCUGAUUUUGAAUUUCACCUUCAUCUACCUGCUUCGUUCUGAACUUGCUUCUUUACUCUCCGCUGGGCUGCUAAUAGCUGCGUUUUCUGCCUCUGUGUGUAACCUCUUAGCAAUCACUAUAGACCGGUACCUGUCUUUAUACAACGCAUUGACGUACCACACGGAGCGGACAGUGGCAUUCACAUACACGGUGCUGGUGGUGUUGUGGGCGCUGUGCAUCACUCUGGGACUGUUACCCGCAUUGGGUUGGAACUGUUUGAAUGACGAGUCCUCCUGCAGCGUUCUGAAACCCAUCACCAAAAACAACGCGGCGGUCUUGUCUGUGUCUUUCUUAUUAAUAUUUGCCAUGAUGAUGCAGCUGUACCUGCAGAUCUGCAAAAUCGCCUUCAGGCACGCACAGCAGAUUGCGGUCCAACACCAGUUCAUGACCACUUCGCACGCCUCUUCCACCACGAAGGGGGUGUCGACGUUAUCCAUUAUUCUGGCGACCUUUGCUUUUUGCUGGAUUCCUUUGGCGAUGUACUCCCUGGUCGCAGACUACCGUUAUCCCAUGAUAUACACCUAUGCUACGGUCCUGCCGGCGACGUGUAAUUCGGUCAUUAAUCCUUUUAUUUAUGCCUUCAGAAACCCAGACUUUCAGAAGUCCCUCUGGGUGGCUUGCUGUGGCUGUAUUCCCACUAACUUCUCCUUGAGACCAAGGACAUCCAGUGAUGUAUAGUUCGAGUGGGCUUAUUACAGCAGGACUAUGGUUCUCAAGUACCCCUGGGACAUAUGCCGUGGGAACAACGUAUUUGGAUACGUUACACAAAAAUAAUAAUAACAAACAUAUGCACUUAAUGGGCUAGCUGUCGCUGUUUAUCGUACUGUCUUAAUCUGAAGUUCAAACUAAUAACAACGGAAGUGAGCAGAGCAACAAACUCCCUUUUCGUUAUUGCAAUUUGGUUUUCAUACGCAGUAAACGGCCCCUGUCUUUCAGCUGCCCCCACUACGUUGACAGAAGCUCGCUGUUCUGUUUCGGGGUUAAUUAACAGCUUCACAUCCAAGCUGACAGCAGAGUACUACACAUGUAUGGUGCACCUAUACAAAGGCCGACACUACUAGCGUAAAAACAAACAAACAAACAUCGUUUUACGCUUAAAAAAGAGCACGUGGUGGCUUUAAAGUCACUGGGCCACUGCAUUAUUUUUGUGGCGAAAAAACAAAACAGGAAACGUUACGAACCAAAUAAAAGUGUCGUGUGUCACUGUGCAAUGCUGAUUUCUGCUGAUGUAUCUCGAGGUGAAUUGCGGCCAUAAACAGUAAAUACAAUGACACUUCUUUAGACCCUCUGUGACCUACUGUGACCUUCUGCGGCAAUAUGUGUGUGUGUGUGUGCGCUUGUGUGUGUGUGCGUGUGCGUGUGCGUGUGUGUGCGUGUGCGUGUGUGUGUUUUACAAAGUGACGUCCCCACUUUGUAAAACACCUUUUUAAAAACUAAAUAUGCCUUCAUUUUUUUUUAAAGUGCCAAAAUGUUUAGUUUGUUGUCUACUUUCACCCUUUGUGGAGUUUUCUGAUUGGAGUUAGAAAUAGUAAAUAUAAAUAUAAUGAGAGUCAAUGAGCAGUCCAUAGGAAUGCAAACAUGUGUGUCUCAGUGUGUAUGUGUGCGUGUGUGUGUCUCAGUGUGUGUGUGCGUGCGUGUGUGUGUGCCUCUGUGUGUGUGUAUGUGUGUGUCUCAGUGUGUGUGUGUGUGUGUGUGUGUGUGUGUGUGUGUGUGUGUGUGUCUGUGUGCGCGCACUACAGUGGAAGUGGCUCAGUGACUUUAUAGCCACCUUGCAUAACACACCGUAAGCAUUUUACGUUUUAUAGAGGAAACAAGUUCAAUGCCAAGUGCAGUUUUCCUUGUUUUUAAUUACUUUAAAUAAACUACCUCCGUCUGCUUCUUGCCCCGGAGGGUUAAUGAAGUAAACAUGAGGGGCUAUUCGCUGUAACAUCGGAAUCCCUAUGGGUUGCAUUGACCACCUAGUAGUUAUCCCAGGGUUACCACCCCUAAAUUAGGUGGUUGAUGCAAUUCAGUAUGAUCCCCCAGUGCUGUCAAAUGCUCUAAACAACCCCAGCUGUGGUUAAUCCCCACAGGUAGACCAAUGCUAAUGCUUGCAUUACUUUGAUAACGUUUGUUUUCUGGAAUUUAAUUUAGAGCUUGGGCUCUGGCUUCACUAUACUGGGGCCUCUGUUUAAUUGAUCAUCAUUAUAUUCUAUCACUACUUUCUGUGCCAAGUACUGUAUGAAGUAUGUCAUUCAAUGUCAAUUUUAACCACAAUGCUAUAUGUACUAUACUAUAUAUUAAAGGUUCAAGAUACUCAUUUAUAUCAAAUUUAACAUGAUGUGUAAAGAACUGCAUAUACAUUAAUCAGUCAGCUUUAUUUACUGUACCGUUCCAUCCCCUUUCCAAAAAUAGUGAUUAUUCGGCAAAAUGAGAUCAUGCUGAUUUUCCAAUUCUGUUGGUGAAGUCUAAAUGAUAGACAGGUAUCCUCUACUAAGACAUGUGUUAUCUGCAGACCGCAAGCAGACUGCAGGAUACUGAAACAAUGCUUUAUGUCUGUCUGUCCAUCCUUCAUACUCCAUAACUCACAAACUAAGUAGGUUAUGGAGGUCUUUGUCACCCAGAUAGACUAAGGCAUAUACAAGGAUUGUGGGAAAUAUUUGACUUUUGACCUCAAGGUCAAGGUCACAGAACAUCAGGCCUAUUCUCUGUUUUUGACUUUCUCACCAUACGAUUAGAUACAAUUUGGAACUUGGUUGAAGUAAAUCCGUGAAGGCCAAGUUGGUCAAAACAGACUUUAAAUCUCCCUUUAUUAAAGUAUGACUGACCAAGGACCAAAACCACUGAUUCAAUAAUAACCUGCCAAGGAUUCUCAUUGUAAUUACAGUUUUUAACCACGAGAGCCCUCAAAUAUUACAGCAGCCUACUUUACAAUAAUAAAACUAAUACAAGACAUUUGCAAGAAAAAGCAAGGGCCAUCUUGAGGAGCUUUUGUGGUAAGUUAAUUAAUUUUUUUCAGAUCUAACUUUUCUAUAAAGCAUUUUCAAUAUGUGGGAUCUGUUUUGCAGGUAUAUACAAAAGCCAUUAUUAAAAUAUUAGUUUUCUUUUCAUUAAUUGCCUACAUAUUUCUCUACAUAGGAUACCUAAUAGUAAGAAUUGGAGGAGGGCUGUAGCUUUUGAUGUUGAAAAUCAAUUUUACAUUUUCAAAGAAUUGUAUUAGAAGCUGCAACAGCAAGCAUUUUGUAUCUUGUAAAAAUCAUGCAUGUCGAUUUCCUGUACCUACGACCAACCGAUUCAUUAAGUGUACCCACAAGAGAUAACGGGUGAGUAUAACAAAUAAACACAUGAUUAAAUAGAGGAUUGCUAAUAACAUUUUGUGACCCGUAGUCUUUACAAUAUUUCACUGUUUAACUGACCCACACGUCUGUCUGUCUGUCUGUUACACUCUUGAAUGGUAAGCACAGUAACUUCCUUGAUUGUGUAUCACUCUUCACUGUACUUUUUGUUUUUAUUAUUCAAUCCUAGCCUAUACGUUUGAGUAAUCUUUCACUUACUGUGCACUUAUUAUUACCCGUUUAUGAGGAUGUAUGUGCCUACACUGGUUUGUAUAUGAGGCAAUGUCUACAGAUACCAGAAUACAUGAUUCUAGAUGUGAUGAAGUCACCCCAGAAUUGAGAAUGGAAUGCAGAGAAAAGACUGCAAACUAAUUGGCACUUGGCAUUGUGCUAAUGCAAUGGGAAAUUAUAAUGUUCGAUUUGGGUAAUUGCAAUAUGAAAUACUUGAAAAACGAUUAUUUAAGAAUCCUUCAGUUGUAUAUUGUACAGAGGCACCUUUAUUCAGACAGUUAGCCUUUUUAUUAAUGUUAGUGUUCCUAUAGUUCAAUUUCUUUUUUUAAAAGAACUGUAGAUCUUUAACUGUGGUAAGGGUCUGAAUAUCUUUUGGUGCCUCUUUUGUUUAAUGUUGCAUUGGGUCCAGAUCGUUGUAUGGCAUUAAAUGGUGUAUUUUGUCAUCAAACUCGUUAAGUAGGAGCAGUCUAAUACUCCAGCUAUCUUUACUUGUAUCAUUGCUCGUCUUAGAAUCUGCUGAAUUUAUCUGUUUAUUUAGUCAUAUGUGUUUUUAAUAUUGUGUUUAAUAAAGUCACCAGUUUAGCAAGCUGAAUUUCUGUAAUAAUGCCAGUAAAAACAACAACAAAAAAACCGCACCCCUUAGUGGUCAUUUUUAUACCAGCCUCAUUGCAGAAAUCCCGCUUGUUCAGACUUGGUGUGACUUUAUUACACAUGUCAAAUACCCAUGAGUGCAGGAAAGGUAAUUAAUGAUUAUUAGGCACACUCAAAUGGUUAAUCAACUUAUUCACAAUUAAACAUUAUGCAAAUUCAGAGGGUAUAAUGUAUUAAUUUAGCUAGGCAAUAAUAUUCACUAGUAAUUACUAGGCUACUGUUAGAUAUACGUAUUUGUACUUGGUUAUAAAGCGUGACAAAAAAAAGUGUUCACAGUGUUUAUAAUGCAAUAUGCAAACACUGUUUCAAUGUCUAAUUUGAAGUUUCUCUGCCAAUAUUUUUAAAUCAAAUUUCUUAUUAGCAUUAUCACUUUCCUGUUUUUUACGCUUGCAAAUACAACGCUGCAGAUACACACACAAACACAAAAAGAUGCAACUGUUUCUUCAACGUAUCGAACCACUUCCUGAGGUCACAUGACCUGAUUGCCGCUAGACCAUUGGAGUGCUUUGAUAUAAGGAAGCAGCCGCAACUUUUAAUUCUACUGCGUUGUUGAAACAGCGGCAUAUUCCAAAUUGAAGUAUACAACAAAGAAAGACCAGUCACAGUAUUGCUAAUACGAACAUGGAUUGUAAAACCUUAGCUAGCCUUCCUUUAAGACUUUAUUUAAACCACCAAAACCGACUUUUAAAUAAAUAGACUCACAAAUUAAAGCUGGCGUUUCCCAUUAACUACUGUCAAUGAUGAUGCCAUCUAGUGACAGUAGAGGGAAGUACAUUUGAUAACUUUGUGUAUUUGUUCCAACUAAUGUUUUAAUUGUUACACCGAGCCUAUACAGUUGCCCAUAUCUGAUUUAUUAGAUGACUUGGUACGGUUAUGGAACUGGUCAGAUAUGUGGAGGUGUAGUUUAUUACACUGCUUCAGGAGCUUCACAAAGACCCAACAUAUCCAAUACAGGCAUAUUUCAUAAGCGCACAAUCACACAGCGAAACCUGUCAAAUAUUUCAUGGAAUCACAGGGUAUAUUCUGUUGGGAGCCCUCAAUAUUUUUGAAACAUGGAACUUUAACAAAUGUUUUGAGGAAUGUUUUUUUUUCUAAAAAAUCAAAGUUCUCAUUUUGAUGAAUGAAAUCGUUUGCAGUUAAUUGAACCUCUUUUCAACUAUUUUAGAGAAGUUUAUUCUCAUUUUAAAGUAUUAUUUGU